UUUUUUUUUCUUCCGAUCGUAGGUAUGUCAUGUUGAAAUUGAACUUGCAUUUGCAUGUUGCAUCUGUCCGUGGUCUUCCAUCGCCGCUCGCUCUCUAAGAAUCUCGCCCGCUAUGUUUCCUCCCGCACGGGUGAAGGGGACCAGACCCUGCGUGGCUAUGCUGGCACGGCUGGCUAAUCUGUUUUUGGUGGCUUUUUAUCCAUCUCACAAAGACUCAAUGCGAGGAAGAUGCCCCUGCUGCAGCCCGCAGCUUGCAGUCACGCCCACAGUGGAGCCAGGCCGCAGUAAACAUCCCCCGAGCUGCAGUGGCCAAGUGGGAGAAUCGAGAAGGUCCCGUCCUUGACAGCCCGCUAUCGUCGAGAUUGCGUCACACUGCUUGGGGUCUCCCAGCACAGAAUUCGGGGUCGGUUCCAUUCAGGCAAGGUAAGGAAGCUGGGGGGUGUUUGCGCGCGAUAAGGCCAAGCAAACUUACCUGCCCGGACCUUAACUUACACUAGUGCUCAGAGCUACUAAUCUUACGUACAAACAACAAAAAAUUCCACACGCGACCAAUAUCAACGGAAAUUCCAGAAUAACAGCGACAUCUAGCGAACAGACGUCAGAAGAUUUGUUCAGUUUCCUUGCAAUCCCGGAAGAAAAUCAACAAGCUUCAAACACGCUCACCUUCAAUUGAGACCCCUCAGCCUCAUUGCGGAAGCCUCAAUUCCUGCUGUUUUAGCUUCCCGUCAUCGCCACGCAGACAAACGAAUCACGACGGACACCUCGCCGUGUCAUCUCGGAUCACGCCGCUUGGACAGACACCCACAGACGACACCAACCAUCUGACCUUGAUAAACCUCGCACACCCGGGCCCGAAGCCCACACGUUCAUCACCGAAAGUCAGAGGCAAGCGAGCAGCCGUCUGUCCGCUUGGCUCCUCUCUCUCUGUCAUCCAUUCCCACUGCAUCUUAGAGUUUCUGCGCCAGGUCCCACGAGGACACUACCGGAUGCAUGUCGCCCAGCGGCGAACGCCUCAAGGAUGAGGGCUCCCGUCUGCAGGUUGUAACGGCCGGCGCCACCGCCGGCUUGUUUGCUCGCUUUGUCAUUGCCCCCCUCGAUGUCGUCAAGAUCCGCCUGCAGCUGCAGACGCACUCGCUCUCCGACCCUCUGUCGAUCCGAUCAGCCAGGGGCGGGCCCGUGUACAAGGGCACCCUGAAUACCAUGAGGCACAUCAUCGCCAACGAGGGCAUCACUGGCCUAUGGAAGGGAAACGUCCCCGCCGAGAUGAUGUACGUGUGCUACUCGGCCGUCCAGUUCACAACGUACCGCACCACGGCGCAGUUUCUCAAGACCGCCUUUGACAACCGCCUACCGAACGCCGCCGAGUCCUUCAUCGCCGGAGCCGCUGCCGGCGCGGCCGCCACGACAGCCACAUACCCCCUCGACCUCCUACGAACCCGAUUCGCGGCGCAGGGCAACGACCGGGUGUACACGAGCCUCCGGCGCGCGGUGGCGGAUAUUUAUCGGGACGAGGGCCCGCGCGGCUUCUUCCGCGGCCUCGGACCCGGCGUGGCGCAGAUCGUCCCGUACAUGGGCAUCUUCUUUGCAUUGUACGAGGGCCUGCGGCUGCCGCUGGGCGAUCUGCACCUGCCGUGGGGCGGCGGCGACGCCACGGCCGGCGUCGUGGCCAGCGUGCUGUCCAAGACGGCCGUCUUCCCGCUCGACCUGGUGCGGAAGCGCAUUCAGGUCCAGGGGCCGACGAGGGCGCGGUACGUGCAUAAGAACAUUCCCGAGUACCCUGGUGCGGUGCGCGCCAUGCGCAUCAUUUUCGCGAAAGAGGGUGUUCGCGGGCUGUAUCGGGGUCUCAUGGUGAGUCUUAUCAAGGCUGCGCCGGGGAGCGCGAUCACGGUGUGGACGUAUGAGAGGGUUUUGAGAGUGUUGCAGAGACUUGAUGGCUCUGAUGACCAGCGGUUUUGAGCCACUCUAGAUGGACGAGGAAGAGAGUAAAGGAUACACCAAAAGUUGCGCGUGGGCUAAAAAAAAAACAUGAUACCCCUUUUUAGAGAACGGGAAUGGGAUAGAGAGUUCCCUUGUACAACAAUCUGAAGGUUAUAGAGGCAUCCUUCACAUAUAGAUAAGACGUAAUACACAAAGGCACAUUUGGUGCGUCAGGAG